AUGAAGGUUCCGAGGCUAGAUAUGGUCCGACUUUCCGCGACGACUAGUUCGUUUGGUCCAAAGUUAGACCACUUGAGAAAUAAAUCCAAAGUUCGGUUAGUCGAUUUUAAUUUCUAACAACCGAAAAAUCAGCAUUUUGGUUUCACUUUUCCUUUUUCUGGUCUUCUAUCAACCUGAGACGAUCAUUUUCUGUUACUAAUUAAAGCCAAUAAGAACCGAAAGAGUUUGGAUCUUAUCUGGAAUGUCAAUUAUUCCUGAAAAAAAAUGCUGUUUCCCAUAAAAUCAUUUUAGAAGCGAUCCGAGCCGUUACAUGAACAUUUGGAUGGGAUCCAGAGUGAAUGACACGAUCGCCGACACCUGGUGGGACGAGGCCGAAGAGUUCGGAACGGCCAACUACCUGGCGGAUCGACAUCUCGAAUGGGUCGGCGUCGCCAGUGCCUACUCAGAUUCACAUCAGCAGUUCAUUGUUGUGGCCACCUACGAAUAA